CGGGUCUGAGGUGAGCGGCUUCCUCCGAGAAGUGAGAGGACGCAGCGGAACCCCAGGGACCCAGCGAGCCCCAGGCCGGGCGCCGUGCGAACCCCGUUGUCCCUACGGCUCCUCCCACAGGAAAACAUUACGUUGGAUAGAAAAAGAAGUGAUAAUGCACCAUGGCAGUGGCCCUCAGAAUGUCCAGCAUCAGCUGCAAAGGUCUAGGUCCUUCACAGGCAGUGAAGAGGAGCAGCCAGCCCAUCCCAAUCUGCCCUCUUCCCCCGCCGCACCUUUCGCUCCAUCAGCCAGCCCAUCUGCGCCCCAGUCCCCUGGGUACCAGAUACAGCAGCUGAUGAGCAGGAGUCCUGUGGCUGGGCAGAAUGUGAAUAUCACACUGCAGAAUGUUGGUCCUGUCGUGGGAGGAAACCAGCAAAUCACACUGGCCCCUUUGCCUCUGCCUAAUCCCACCUCUCCAGGUUUUCAGUUUGGUACACAGCAGAGGCGGUUUGAGCAUGGCUCUCCAUCGUACAUUCAAGUUACUUCUCCCUUGUCCCAGCAGGUUCAGACACAAAGCCCCACACAGCCCAGCCCUGGGCCAGGGCAAGCUCUGCAGAGUGUGCGUGCAGGGGCUCCAGGCCCUGGGCUGGGUAUCUGCAGCAGCAGUCCCACUGGAGGUUUUGUGGAUGCCAGUGUGCUUGUGAGGCAGAUCAGUUUGAGCCCUUCUAGUGGUGGGCACUUUGUUUUUCAGGAGGCACCAAGCCUCACCCAGAUGGCUCAGGGAGCCCAGGUUCAACUGCAGCAUGCUGGAACUCCCAUCACGGUCCGAGAACGAAGACUGUCCCAACCUCACACACAGUCAGGGGGCACUAUCCACCAUCUGGGGCCUCAGAGCCCUGCAGCCGCAGGAGGCACUGGAUUGCAGCCUUUGGCUAGCCCCAGCCACAUUACCACAUCCAGCCUGCCACCCCAGAUCAGCAGUAUCAUCCAGGGCCAAUUGAUCCAGCAGCAGCAGCAGCAGCAGCAGCAGCAGCAGCAGCAGCAGCAGCAGCAGCAGCAACAUCAGGCGCUCCAGGCACAGCCACUGAACAGACCGCUGGGGUUUGAGAGGACUCCUGGUAUGCUACUCUCUGGUGUUGGAGGGCCCUCAGCAUUUGGGAUGACAUCCCCACCACCACCCACCAGCCCUUCCAGAACUGCCAUGCCCCCAGGCCUUUCCACCCUUUCCCUCUCAUCUGUGGGGAGCUCAGGGAUGAAGAAGGCUCCUAAGAAGUUGGAGGAGAUCCCCCCAGCCUCCCAGGAGAUGGCACAGAUGAGGAAGCAGUGCCUAGACUAUCACUAUAAGGAGAUGGAGGCACUCAAAGAAGUCUUCAAGGAGUAUCUGAUCGAAUUGUUCUUCCUGCAACAUCUUCAAGGAAACAUGAUGGAUUUCCUGGCCUUUAAGAAGAAGCAUUAUGCUCCUUUGCAAGCAUAUCUUAGGCAAAACGAUUUAGAUGUUGAAGAAGAGGAGGAAGAAGAGGAGGAGGAGGAAGAAAAAUCUGAGGUUAUCAAUGAUGAGGUAAAGGUUGUGACAGGCAAGGAUGGGCAGACUGGGACUCCCGUUGCUAUAGCAACCCAGCUUCCGCCAAAUGUUUCUGCUGCUUUUUCAUCCCAGCAGCAACCGUUUCAGCACCAAGCCCUGGCAGGGAGCCUGGUGGCAGGGGCCAGCAGUGCCACAGAGGCCGACCCAUUUAAGAGGCAGCAGGUGAUGCCACCUACAGAGCAGUCUAAGAGACCUCGACUCGAAGUGGGUCAUCCAGGGGUAGUUUUCCAGCAUCCAGGGGUGAAUGCAGGAGUCCCUCUGCAGCAGUUAAUGCCAACAGUCCAAGGAGGGAUGCCUCCAACUCCUCAGGCCACACAGCUCACUGGACAAAAGCAGAACCAGCAGCAGUAUGACCCUUCCACAGGGCCUCCUGUGCAGAAUGCCGCCAGCUUGCACACUCCGCCGCCACAGCUGCCUACAAGGCUGCCUCUGGCCAGUGUCCCUGCAGCAGCUCUUCCUUCUACUCUGCAGUUUUCACAGCAGCCACAAGUGGUGGAAACUCAGGCUCAACUCCAAAUCCCAGUGAAGACUCAACAGCCAAAUACCUCUCUCCCCACCCCUCUGCCCAACCAGCUUUCUGCUCCUCCACAGCCUACCCAGUCGGCCCUCCAUGUUCCAAUGCCUGGGAAGGCACAGAUGCAGGCCUCUCAGCUUUCAUCCCAGACCCAGACAGUGGCAUCAACCAGGUCCCUUCUGGAUUCUGCUCAGCCCUGCCAGCGAUCUCUGCCUACUUCCUCUUCUUCCUCAUCCCUUGUACCUGUGAGUGGCUCAGGGUCAGGACCUUCACCUGCACGUUCUUCACCAGUGAACAGACCCUCCUCUGCCACCAGCAAGGCCCUGUCUCCCGUGACUUCCCGGUCUCCAGGGGCAGCAGUGUUAGUCCCCACCAAGCCACAGAGCCCUGCUCAGAAUGCUGCUUCCUCUCAGGAUAGUUCUCAGGAUAAGCUGGCAGAACAGAUAACACUGGAAAAUCAGAUCCAUCAACGGAUAGCAGAUUUAAGAAAGGAAGGCUUGUGGUCCCUAAGGCGGCUGCCAAAACUCCAGGAGGCCCCACGCCCUAAAUCUCACUGGGAUUAUUUGCUAGAGGAGAUGCAGUGGAUGGCCACAGAUUUUGCCCAGGAGCGGAGGUGGAAGUUGGCUGCUGCUAAGAAGCUCAUCAGAACUGUAGCACGGCAUCAUGAGGAAAAGAAACUUCGUGAGGAAAGAGGAAAGAAGGAAGAACAAAACAGAUUGAGACGCAUUGCUGCCUCAACAGCCCGAGAAAUAGAAUAUUUUUGGUCAAAUAUUGAACAGGUUGUAGAAAUAAAACUACAAGUAGAGUUAGAAGAAAAAAGGAAAAAGGCCUUAAGUUUACAGAAAGUUCCCAGAAGAGGGAAAGAGUCCAGAUUGAAGGGAUUUGAUGCAGCACCAGAACAUUUUCUGGGUCCAGGAAUAUCUGGAAGAAAAAGAAAAGCAAGCACAUCUCUGACUGAUGAUGAAGUGGAAGAUGAAGAGGAAACCAUUGAAGAGGAGGAGGCAUAUGAAGGGGUUGUAGACCACCACAUAGAACUUUCUAAUCUUGCCAAAGAAGCUGAACUGCCCUUAAUUGAUUUGAUGAAGUUGUAUGAAGGUGCCUUUCUACCAAAUUAUCAGUGGCCACAACCUGAACCUGACCAUGAAGAGACAAGCGGGGAAGAGGAUGCAGAUGACUGUCCUAGUGACAGAGGGAGUCGUAGGGAAUCAGUUCUCAUUGACUCACUCUUCAUCAUGGACCAGUUUAAAGCUGCUGAAAGAAUGAACAUUGGGAAACCCAACACCAAAGACAUUGCAGAAGUUACAGCUGUGGCUGAAGCUGUCCUUCCUAAGGGUAGUGCUCGAGUCACGACUGCGGUGAAGUUUAAUGCUCCAUCUUUGCUAUAUGGCACCCUCCGAGACUAUCAGAAGAUUGGCCUGGACUGGCUGGCCAAACUCUACAGAAAGAAUCUCAAUGGCAUAUUGGCUGAUGAAACUGGACUUGGGAAAACAGUGCAGAUAAUUGCUUUCUUUGCCCAUCUUGCCUGUCAUGAAGGUAAUUGGGGCCCUCAUCUUGUGGUUGUGAGAAGUUGUAACAUACUCAAGUGGGAACUUGAGUUGAAGCGUUGGUGUCCUGGGCUCAAAACCCUUUCCUAUGUUGGCAGCCAUAGAGAACUUAAAGCGAAGAGACAGGAGUGGACUGAGCCCAACAGCUUCCACAUCUGCAUCACGUCCUACAAGCAGUUCUUCAGGGGUUAUACUGCCUUCUCACGGGUGCGCUGGAAGUGCCUUGUCAUCGACGAAAUGCAGCGGGUGAAGGGCAUGACUGAGCGACACUGGGAAGCAGUCUUUACUCUGCAGAGUCAACAGCGCCUGCUUCUGAUCGAUGCUCCACUACACAACACAUUCCUGGAGCUCUGGACCAUGGUGCACUUUCUCAUUCCUGGGAUCUCAAGACCUUAUCUGAGCUUCCCUCUGAAAGCCCCCAGUGAGGAAAAUCAGGAUUACUACCACAAAGUGGUCAUAAGGUUACACAGGGUGACACAGCCAUUUAUUUUGAGGAGAACCAAGAGAGAUGUAGAGAAGCAGCUGACGAGGAAGUAUGAGCAUGUUCUGAAGUGCCGCCUGUCCAGUCGACAAAAGGCCUUGUAUGAGGAUGUUAUUCUACAGCCUGGAACUCAGGAAGCUCUGAAGAGUGGGCAUUUUAUCAGUGUCCUUAGUGUCCUGACACGACUGCAGCGUAUCUGCAACCACCCUGGGUUGGUUGAACCGCGGGUCCCAGGUUCCUCCUAUGCAGCUGGCUCUCUGCGGUACCAAUCUGCCUCUCUUAUUCUCAAGGUGCUGGAGAGAGAGUUUUGGAAGGAAACCGAUCUUUCUAUAUUUGAUCUCAUUGGGUUAGAAAAUAAAAUCACUCGCCAUGAGGCUGAAUUGCUGUAUAAGAAAAAGGUGACUCGGAAACUCAUGGAGGAGGUUUAUGCUUCACCGCCUCCAUCAGCCCGGCCAGCAGCAGUGAAGCUGAAGGCUAGCAGGUUGUUUCAGCCUGUGCAGUAUGGCCAGAAGCCUGAGGGUCGCACUGUGUCAUUCCCCAACACCCACCCACCUCGGACGACAACCACCAAUGCAGCCACUGCUGCUCCACAAGGCCAGGUUCGAGGACGGCCACCCAUUGCCACAUUCUCUGCCAAUCCGGAUGUAAAAGCAGCAGCAGCAGCCCCGUUUCAGAGCUCUCAGGCUUCCGCCAGUGCACCUCGACAUCAGCCCACCUCGAUCUCCAGCACAGCAGCAGGCCCCGUCCAUCCAGUGAAACUGCGGGCUCAGACCGCUGCCCAGGCUUCCGCCCCAGGCCCGCCCCUGCCCCCGCCCCAGGCCCCUUCGCUGGUGGCUGGGCAGAGUGCCCCGCCCCAGCGGCUGGUGCUCACCUCGCAGGCCCAGGCCCGCUUGCCCAGUGGGGAGGUAGUGAAAAUAGCUCAGCUGGCAUCCAUUGCAGGGCCACAGAGUCGUGUUACUCAGCCAGAGACACCUGUGACACUGCAGUUUCAGGGGAACAAGUUCACUUUGUCACAUAGUCAACUACGGCAGCUCACAGCAGGACAGCCUCUACAGCUGCAAGGCAGCGUCCUCCAGAUCGUGUCAGCCCCUGGGCAGCCCUACCUGCGAGCUCCUGGCCCUGUGGUGAUGCAGACCGUGUCUCAGGCAGGUGCUGUGCAUAGCGCCCUGGGAAGCAAGCCCCCAGCCGGUGGCCCCAGCCCUGCACCCUUGACCCCUCAAGUUGGUGUUCCGGGUCGAGUAGCAGUGAGCACCAUGGCUGUUGGGGAACCUGGGCUGGCCUCUAAACCAGCUUCUCCUGCUGCAGGGCCAACCCAGGAGGAAAAGAAUAGACUUUUGAAGGAGCGGCUGGAUCAGAUGCAUUUUAUCAAUGAACGGCGCUGUUCCCAAGCCCCAGUGUAUGGCAGAGACUUGCUGAGGAUUUGUUCCCUUCCUGGCAGAGGCAUGAGGCCCUGGUGUGUGGCUUUGAAUGGCUGCCUUGGGAAGGGUGCUGAAUCAGCAAGCUGUUACACAUCACCCUCAAAAAGUAAAAGUGAUCUGAUUUUGACAUUGAAUAAACGUCGAGAAUCACUUCAGGAUGUUCUUGACAGGGUGGCCUGCGUGAUUCCUCCAGUAGUAGCUGCACCACCCUCUCUGUGGGUGGCAAGGCCACCUUCAUUGUAUAGUGGCAGACUUCAGGCCCUGAGGCAGUGCCUGAGGGAGCACACUGGUCCCUUCCACCAGCAGCUGCAGCAGCUGACUGCACUGCGCUCACUACAGUUUCCUGAGCUGAGACUGGUGCAACUGGACUCAGGGAAGUUGGAAGCUUUAGCAAUCCUGUUGCAGAAGCUGAAAUCGGAAGGUCGUCGGGUCCUGAUUCUAUCACAGAUGGUUCUUAUGUUGGACAUUUUAGAAAUGUUCUUGAACUUCCAUUACCUUACCUAUAUAAGAAUUGAUGAAAAUGCCAACAGUGAACAACGGCAGGAAUUGAUGAGGAGUUUCAACAGAGACAGGAGGAUUUUCUGUGCUCUUCUCUCCACCCAUAGUCGUGCCACUGGCAUAAACCUUGUGGAAGCUGAUACUGUGGUGUUUUAUGACAAUGACCUAAAUCCAGUGAUGGAUGCAAAGGCCCAGGAGUGGUGUGAUAGAAUUGGGAGAUGCAAGGACAUCCACAUAUACAGGCUUGUCAGUGGCAAUUCCAUUGAAGAGAAAUUGUUGAAAAAUGGAACUAAAGAUUUAAUCCGAGAAGUAGCUGCUCAGGGAAAUGACUACUCCAUGGCAUUCUUAACUCAGCGUACUAUCCAGGAGCUCUUUGAGGUUUACUCACCCAUGGACGAUGCUGGCUUUCCUGUGAAAGCUGAGGAAUUUGUGGUGCUUUCUCAGGAACCUUCUGUCAGUGAAACCAUUGCACCCAAGAUUGCAAGACCUUUCAUAGAGGCCCUCAAGAGCAUCGAAUAUUUGGAAGAAGAUGAGCAGAGGUCUACAGAUGGAACUGUGCCCAGAUCCAUCACUGGAGGUGUACCCUCAGACUUGGACAGCUCUAUGUGUGACAAAGAGCCAUCACAACUGGAGGAGCUGGCUGAUUUUAUGGAACAGCUUACACCAAUUGAAAAAUAUGCCUUGAAUUACUUGGAAUUGUUCCACAUGACCCUUGAGCAAGAAAAAGAGAAAAACAGUGAGGAUGUGGUGAUGGAGUCAAUGAGGGACUGGGAGUCCCGCAAUGCCCAGGCCUUGAAGGAGAGGGAGGCUCAUCUGCAGCUUGAGCAGGAGGAGGCUGAGCUUCUUACCUACACACGGGAGGAUGCCUACAGCAUGGAGUAUGUGUAUGAGGAUGCUGACGGACAGACUGAAGUUAUGCCGCUCUGGACCCCACCCACUCCUCCUCAGGAUGACAAUGACAUCUACAUCGACUCAGUUAUGUGUCUUAUGUAUGAAACCACACCUAUCCCAGAAGCUAAGCUGCCUCCUGUUUAUGUGAGGAAGGAGCGUAAGCGCCACAAAACUGACCCUGCAGCUGCAGGAAGGAAGAAGAAGCAGAGGCAUGGUGAGGCAGUUGUCCCACCACGGUCCUUGUUUGACCGGGCAACACCAGGCAUGUUGAAGAUCCGGCGUGAAGGCAAAGAGCAAAAGAAGAACCUGUUGCUGAAGCAGCAGACACCCUUUGCCAAGCCUCUGCCCACCUAUGUCAAGUCCUCAGGGGAGCCUGCCCAGGACAGCCCUGAGUGGCUUAUUGGCGAGGAUUGGGCCCUACUGCAGGCUGUAAAGCAGUUACUUGAGCUGCCCUUGAACCUCACGAUUGUGUCACCUGCCCACACACCCAACUGGGACCUUGUCAGUGAUGUUGUCAACUCUUGCAGUCGAAUCUACCGCUCUUCCAAGCAGUGCCGGAAUCGUUAUGAGAACGUCAUCAUUCCCAGAGAGGAGGGGAAGCUGAUUUGUGAAGCUAAUCCAAAGAAAAAGGCACAAAAUAUUUAUAAGAGUAAGAAUAAUCGUCCACUCCGUACGAGCCAGAUCUAUGCCCAGGAUGAGAAUGCCACUCAUACCCAGCUGUACACUAGCCACUUUGACCUGAUGAAAAUGACUGCUGGCAAGAGAAGUCCCCCGAUCAAGCCUUUGCUUGGUAUGAAUCCUUUUCAGAAGAACCCCAAGCAUGCUUCAGUGCUAGCAGAAAGUGGAAUCAAUUAUGACAAGCCACUGCCUCCCAUUCAGGUUGCAUCUCUUCGUGCUGAGCGAAUUGCAAAAGAGAAAAAGGCUUUGGCUGAUCAACAGAAGGCGCAACAGCCAGCUGUGGUGCAACCACCCCCCACCCAGCAGCAGCAGCAGCAGCAGCAGCAACAGCCACCGCCGCCCCCACCACCCCCACAGCAGCCACCACCAUCAUUGCCACAGCAACAGGCAGCAGGAAGCCAGCCAGCAGUGGGGCAGCCUGCUGUCCAGACACAGGCCCAGGCCCAGCCACAGCCCAUACAGGCCCAACCAAAGGGACAGCCCACAAUGACGACUGUGGGCAACACUGCUGUGUUGGCAGGAACUAUUAAGACAUCGGUCACUGGGACAAGCAUUCCAGCAGGUACCGUGAGUGGAAAUGUGAUUGUCAACACCAUAGCAGGUGUCUCUCCUGCCACUUUCCAGUCCAUUAACAAGCGUCUCGCAUCACCUGUGGCUCCUGGAUCCUUGACUACAUCUGGAGGCUCUGCUCCUGCCCAGAUGGUCCACACUCAGCAACGAGCAGUUGGCUCCCCAGCCACUGCUACCACUGAUCUGGUGUCCAUGACGACUACUCAGGGUGUUCGAGCAGUCACUUCUGUGACAGCCUCUGCUGUGGUCACUACCAACCUGACCCCAGUGCAGACCCCAGCCCGGUCUUUAGUGACCCAGGUGUCCCAAGCCACAGGGGUUCAGCUUCCUGGAAAAACCAUCACCCCUGCCCACUUCCAGCUCCUUAGGCAGCAGCAGCAACAGCAGCAGCAGCAGCAGCAGCAGCAGCAGCAGCAACAGCAGCAGCCACCACCACCACCACCGCCACCACCCCAGCAGCAGCAGCAGACCUCCCAGGUGCAAGUUCCACAGCUACAGGGCCAGGCCCAGUCUCCUGCGCAAAUCAAAACUGUGGGCAAGCUGGCACCGGAACACAUCAUCAAGAUGCAGAAACAGAAAAUGCAGCUGCCACCACAGCCCCCACCACCGCAGGCCCAGCCGGGCCCCCCUCAGCCACCAGCACAAGUACAAGUACAGCCGCCGCAGCCCCCUCAGCAGCAGCAGAGCCCCCAGCUCACCACAGUCACUGCCCCACGGCCUGGGGCUUUGCUCACAGGCACUACAGUGGCCAACCUCCAGGUGGCCCGACUUACCCGGGUUCCCACUUCUCAGCUGCAGGCGCAAGGGCAGAUGCAAACUCAGACGCCCCAGCCAGCUCAGGUGGCCUUAGCGAAGCCUCCCGUGGUGUCUGUCCCAGCAGCUGUGGUCUCCUCACCAGGGGUCACGACUCUGCCCAUGAACGUCGCAGGGAUCAGCGUGGCAAUCGGGCAGCCACAGAAAGCAACAGGGCAGACCGUCGUUGCCCAACCUGUACAUGUCCAGCAGCUGCUGAAGCUCAAGCAGCAGGCUGUGCAGCAGCAGAAGGCCAUUCAGCCACAAGUCGCCCAAGGCCAAACCACUGUCCAGCAGAAGCUAACUGCCCAACAGAUUGCUACUCAGGGCCCACAGCAGAAGGUUGCUUAUGCUGCCCAGCCAGCCCUUAAAACCCAGUUUCUGACCACACCUAUCUCCCAGGCCCAGAAAUUGGCUGGGGCUCAGCAGGUACAGACUCAGAUCCAGGUUGCAAAACUUCCUCAAGUUGUCCAGCAGCAAACACCUGUGGCUAGCAUCCAGCAGGUCGCAUCUGCCUCUCAGCAGGCUUCUCCACAGACUGUGACGCUCACCCAGGCAACAGCAGCAGGGCAGCAGGUGCAGAUGAUCCCUACAGUGACUGCAACAGCCCAGGUGGUACAGCAGAAACUCAUACAGCAGCAGGUGGUAACAACAGCUUCUGCCCCACUACAGACCCCAGGGGGUCCAAGCCCAUCCCAAGUUCCGGCCAGCUCUGAUAGCCCAAGCCAGCAGCCCAAGUUGCAGAUGAGAGUCCCUGCUGUGAGGCUGAAGACACCCACUAAGCCUCCAUGCCAGUAGGAGGGAGGCAGAUUGGUUACCAUGGAGAGGUGGCUUUGACAUGAAGAACACUGCUUUUUUACUGGGCUCUGCUACAUAAGAUGGGCACACUAGGAAAAUUCUGUCCACAUGAAGUUUCGUUUACAGUAUGUUGAGCUGCAGGAAGAGUGGCCUGUGCUGAACACCCCUUCUUAUGUAUGUAACCAGUUAAAAAUGUGACAGAGGCAAUGCCUUCUCAGUGAUUUCACUUUGUGGUUUUCCUCCAGGGCAGUACACACAGUGUGUUUCAAAAGCCACUUAGAAUUUCUGUCUUACUGUGCACCACUUAGCACUUGGCAGGUGCAGAGUCAUAAAAUAAGACGCUAGCUCAGACACCGUCUUUGUUACAAUCUACUGUGGUUUGGGAGAAUACAUUGUGGUCUUUCUGAGGUAGUGAAGUGAUAGCAGACCAUUGAAGACCCACUUCUCAUUCCAGAGCUGCCACUAUGGGCACCUCCCUUAUAAUGAUUUGUUUGACUUUGAAAUACUUAGUAUGUAUACCUUUCUUAAUGUGCCAGGGAGUUUUCUGACUUGCAUUACAUGUGCUCAUAUGUUGACUGGAUCUUCAUCCCAAAGAGUACCAGUAUUGCUUGGCUCUGUCCCAUGAGGUAGGCCCUCAUUUGAAGGAGCUUCUGAAGGCCACAUGAUCUCUGCACAGCUGUAAAAGAUGCCUGGCUUUGAACCCAGUGUGCCAGACAUUUCCACCAGUGUUCCUGUUUGGGCUGGUAUAUGAGGCCCACAUGCCAUGGACAUCAGGUUGCAGAUGUUGCAGUGAGUGACAGUGGAGUUGGGAGUAAGACCAAUUUACUCCUGCUGCUACCUUACCCCAGGCUCAGUCUGGACAGUUGAACAUCCUCUCAGGGGAGGCAUGCAUGGUGCCAUCCCUUGUAGGCUUUUUUUUGUGGAUUUCAAAGUCCUGCCUGAGCAACAGGACAGCUAGAUGGAGCGCUACUGUGCUGCAAUAGCAGGCCUGAAGUUGAGGGGAGAACACUUCUGUGCUCACUCUUUCUUUACCAUGGCAAAGUGACUCAUGCAGCAUAUUUAUGGGCAUGGCAGGUUGACAGUGGCUCCUCAUUUGACACAUUGGCCAAAAUGAAAGGUCCAUUUUCAACACCAGUACUGCAGCCUGCUUGUGCUGGUUUUACUCUUUGGCCCAGGAAGUAGGGCUAUUAGAUCUUUGCUGCCAGUAUGACAGCAUUGAAGACAGCUGUGGCACUGAGUCUGUGUCCUCCCUGUUGUGUCUGUUCUGCACCAUCUGUGGCCUGUGUCUGUAAGGAUGUGACAGUAUGUCCUGGAACAAACCUAAAGCUCAUAUUUGAGCUCUUGACAAGAAAUUUGAGAAGUAGCAGUCAAAUAUUGAAAAUCAGAAGAGAUUUGACAUCUCAAUUAUUAAGUGCAUCAUCCCAUCCUGUGUGUAGUUUGGUACUAAAAGCCACCAUUCUGGAUUGGUGUGUGCCAAGGUGGGGAAGGGACUUUUGUUGGCUUCUCCAUACUUCAUAUCUGGCUCUUAGCAGCAGUUCCUGCUCCCUAUUGUUCUCAGAUGGGCAGAACCAAGUUUUGUGGUUCAUCAACACCAUGCUUGUCUGUCUUUGUUCCUCCCACCAUGGUGGUGGCUUAAAGGUGGCACCUAUUUCAAUGUAUCUAGACAAAGAUGCCCAAGCUGGGUAGUCAGUGACAGGCAGGGGAUUUUUUUUUUUUUUUGGCAGUUAUUUUUGUUCACUUUGCAACCAGAUAGCUAUUGUGUUGAAAAAAAUGUAAGAAAGCAGGACUGAAAUUGUAAAUACUUUGUAAACACAAGCAUUUGUACUUAAAAGAAUAGGGUUUUAAAGGGCACUUAUGUUCUCCCAAGCAAAAGGCAUAAUAAAGUGACCUUUUUUCA